UUUCUUCGUGUUACAUCCUCAAAUUUUAGCUGAUUUUAUUGGGAUUUUAUGUAACACACGGUAGUGCAAAAUUGUGCAGCGAAUGAAAGAAAAUUCAUAAUUUUUAAAAUGAUGUACUAAUAAAAAAUAUGAAAGCGUGGCAUGUAUUUAUAUUAUGCCCCUUAACUCUUAUACCACUAAAUGAAAUCCAGUGCAAAGACUUGCCUUCCAAAUUGGUAAAGAUAUUCCACCUGAGUGUAAUUCAGUGUCAAAGAUGCUCUCCUCCACCUCGGGCAGGGAAGCUACUUAUAGUUGAUGAGAAGAUGCAUGGUGUAAAGUUCAGGGCAAUCCUGUAAUAAAAGCUGUUUAAAACAUCAAAUGAUUUGAGGAUGCGGCGAAAGUUCACCGUCCAGCUGGACGAAAACUUCAAGCAUACAAUGUCAACUACUUAAAUGGCCCAGUCAAAGUCCAGACCUAAAUCUAACUGAGAAUCAGUGGAAAAACAUGCAAAUUUAUGUUCAGAGGCACCCUCCAUCCAGUCUGACUGAGCUUGAGCAGAAAUAAUGUCCAUCAAAUUUCAUAGAUGCCCACAAAGACUUGCAUCCAAAGGUAGUCCUACAAAGCAGUGACUUAAAGGAACUGAUUACAAAUUCACACCACAUUUUCCAGAUUUUUAUUUGUAAACCAUUUUUAAAACAAUGUAUUAUAUUUUUCCACUUCAGAAUAAUCUAUUUUGGUAUAUCAAAUAAACAAUAUAGAAUUUCUGGUUGUAACAAAUGUGACAAAAUGUGAAAAAUCUCAGGGGUUAUGACUGCUUUUACAAUAAACUGUAUCCAUAGCUGUGGCACCUACAUUGUUAUUCUUAUAAUCAGACACUGUGUUGCAUUAACACUAAGGUUAUUGAUUGUAUCCGGCAGAGAGCUUGAUAUGUGAGUUCUUUGUCCUUCCUUUGCCCUCACAUCGUUUUCGUUCUCCUUUACAUCCCCUCUUGUUUCGCAGCCCCUAGUUUUCCACCCUCCUCCCUUUCAUUUUCAGUACAUCUUUCUGUCUCCUCUCUCUUGUCUCUUUCAGAAAACUCUGUGGGUUUUCCACGGUCUGGUAAGAGCAGCAGGAUGACUGAGCUUUUAAGAAUGCACGAUGGAAGACUGCUGAUAUUUAUUCAGGCCUGGGAGUGAAAGACCAAAUAAUGGACCUGAAUGAAGAGGCCCACUGGCGGAUUUCCUCAGAGCAGAUGACAGAGCUUGCAGGGGACCAUGAAGAGGGUACCUGCAUCUAUGUCCUUGAUUGCAAUAAGUACUCAGCCCUAAACUCUUGGAGAAGCACUGAGCACACAUCAUAUUGCCUAACUUUAUCUCGUUUAUACUUUCCUCACCACUUUUGUCCUCCAACAGAGCUCGUCCAACAAUCAUCGCUAACUUUUUUAGAUCCCUUUAUCAAAGGUUUUCUAAACCAGAACAACCAGACAGGACCUACUUUCCAUACAAAGGACAUUUUUUAUUGGAUUAAAAACUUUUUGAAGGAAGCAACCCAACCUCAUACCUUUGUGAUGGAUACCUUCAACAGGUUCAUCAUUCUUUCUGAUAAUUGUAUAACUAUAAAUAAAUUAUGUGGUAUUUACUCCUCUCAGAAUUUGAGGACAUUUGUGAAAUAUAGAGGAAGUUCUGGUAGUGAUUACAAGAUGUCUGUUAUAAAGCACGGCAGUGCCCAAAGAUCUUCUUGUCUCGUUACGAGUUGUGAGGAUACUGACAGAGAUUAUCUAAGCACAUGCAAGCCUAAAAGUAAUCAGAAAUCCAGUCGAAACGAUGAACAUCCACGAAGACCAUGGAGAAGGGAUGAGACAGAGACAAUGAAAAUGAAAAUGAAAAUGAAGAAGAGUGUGUCCUUUGAAGAGGAUGUCAUUGUCUACCUGUUUGAUCAGGAAACACCCACCAUCAAGCUGCAAUCAGAACCCCGCACACCUCUGCCAUUUAAUUACCCCUGCCACCUGCCUGAUGUUAUGUCAGAAGACAACGACCUGCAGUGGGAGGAUGACUUCUCAGCUUUGGAGUUUGUCCGACAACCUGCUAAUGUUUCCCUGCAGACAAACAGCUGGACUUCUCGGACCGGUCCAGAGUGUUGCUUUCCGUCCCAAACUUGCCUGUUCCUCACCUAUGUCAUCGAGUCAGACCUUGAACUGUGACUUAAAAUGAUUGUUUAAGUUGGGAGACUCGUUAUUGGAGACUGAGAGGUCAGAGGAAGCAGCAGAAUGAAGUCCAAAGGGAAGGCUGUGAGACCCUCCAGGAGGCCCUGGUCUGACCCGGAGCCAGAGAAUGAACCGGACACAGAGCCUGGCUCCAGUGAGCAGGAAGGUUCAGAGGCCUCGGUCCAGAUCGGUGGCUCCUGGAGAGGCUCUCUGAGGAGUGGGAACGGGAGGCGCCGACAGGGAGGAGGAGCAGGGGGAGGAGGUGGGCGGCGACGCAGGAUGCAUGGCUCCAGCACCAAGGAGCGCAGUAUCCGGAGGCUGGAGAGCAACGAGCGGGAACGCCAGCGCAUGCACAAACUUAACAAUGCCUUUCAGGCGCUGCGCGAAGCCAUCCCACACGUGAAGAUGGACAAGAAGCUGUCCAAGAUCGAGACUCUGACUCUGGCUAAGAACUAUAUCAAAGCUUUGACCACCAUCAUCCUAGACAUGUCGGGGGCCUGCCUUCCCACUGAGGGAGCUCACUCAGAGGCCAGCACUGCCAGGCUGCUGCAGUGCUACCAGCAGCACCUGGAGGAGGAUGGGGAGGAUGGGCUCACUCAGUACCUCAACCACAUGCAGAGCUUUGGCCAGGAAAGCUAACAGACUGGGACUGUAAAGUGGUUUGAGGACCAGGAGACACCUACCUAAUUAUGUGCCCCAUACCAACUGACUGCUGGCCCACAGUGACUUGCAAAAGUUUUCAUACCUCAUAAACUCUUUCACAUUUUCUCACGUUACAACCACAAAAUGUAGUGCAUUUCAUUGGGAUUUGUGACAGACCAACCCGAAGCAGUGUGUAAUUUAGAGGAUGAAUGAAAAUGUUACAUGGUUUUCAUCAGUAUUUAAAAGUAGAAGACAAAAAAUAUGGAUUAAAUAUUUAUUCAGCCCUAUUUACUCCUAAAUAAACUCCAAUUUCCUUCAGAAAUGACCUAAUUAGCAGCAACAGCCCAUCUGUGGAUAAUUUAACCUCGGUAUAAAUGCAGCUGCUCUGUAAAGGCCUCAGAGGUUUGUUAGAGAACAUUGGUUAAUAAACUGCAUCAUAAAGACCAAGGAAAACAGCAGAUACAGAGGCUACAAAAUCCCAAACUCUGAACAUCUCACCAAGCUCUGACAGGCAAUCCCUCGUGCGAAAAACGAAGAAAUCUGCACACAAAUCUAUCAAAAAAGGCCAUAAGAAGUCCUGUUUGCAGGAGACGCAUCAAACCUUGAGAAGUGCCUUGAGACGACAUGUGUUGUGAAUUGGCGCUAUAUAAAUAAACUGAAUUGAAAACUGAAUUCAAACAUGUAGAAGAAGAUACUCUUGUUGGUCUACACACUAAACACCAAGUAUGACAAAAAACUAACACUGCACAACAUCCUAAACACAUACUUCCACAUUGAAACUUGCUGGUGGCUGCAUGAUGCGGUGGGGAUGCUUUUCUUAGGAAGGGUCAAAGAAGCCAAUCAGAGUUGAUGGGGAAAUUCAUGGAACUAAAUGCAGGGCGAUCCCGACAGAAAACCUGUUACAGACUGCAGAUGACUUAAGACUGGGGCAGAGGUUAACCUUUAAUCAGGGCAGUGACCCCAAACCUUCAACCAAAACUUCAAUGGAAUAGCUCAGAUCAAGGUAUAUGGAUCCAUUAGAAUGGACCAAUCAAAGUCCGGGCACAAGCUAAAUUUGCAAUCGGUGACAAGACUUGAAAACUGACUUUCACGGAUGUUUAAUCUCCUUUUGAGCUAAUUUGCAAAGAAAAAUUACAAUUAAUUUGUUGAUUUACAAAGCUGUUAGGUUCGUCAAACGAUUGAUUCAAUAGGCUGAUUCAAACACGUUUCAGGUCUUUAUUUGUAAGAAAUGUUGAAAACCAUGUAUCAUUGGAACGUUUUCACAUUCUAAUGAAAUGCACGAACGUUUGUGGUUGUAAAGUGAUAACGUGGAAAUGUUCAAGGGAUGAGGAUAGUUUUGCAAUGCAACCAUAAUCCUAUAAAACAUGCUUGAACAUGAUGAGGUGGGUGGUGUAGAAGAUGCUCAUCCUUAAAGCCAUAUAGUUUGAAACAUUCAUAAAGCAGAUAAAAAGACUGCAGUGAACACCAGUGUAAAAUGUGAAAUGCUUGUAGAAAAGAGGCCUGUCCCUUUUGCAAACCCUUUUUCUUUUGUUGUCCAAAGGACCUUGUUCUCUUUUGCACUAUCUUGUGAUCUCCCUAUGUGUUUUGUUAGGAAACUUGCUGACUGUAGCCUCUGGUCAUAACUGUCACAUUCAGGAAGGUCUGAAUAUUCUAAUGUUGCAAGAGACCACAUGUGAUCAUAGUAAUCAAUUACAACUAAACUGAGAAGGCAUUUGCAUCGUCUUCUGCAUCAUAAGCUGAUUGGCUCUUUAAAGUGUGUUUGUUCUUUUUUCCUACUGCGUUUUCACUCAUUCCAAAGGUUUUGUAAAAAUAUGAAGACUAUUUGAAUAGUUGCAAUCAAUAAAACCAUUUAUUUAUUGACA